AUGGUGGAGACAAAGAACAAGGUGUCAUCAGACUAUUGGUGGUUUGACAGUCACAACAAGAGUAACUCAAAUCGAUCUCCAUGGCUUCAAUCCACACUUGCAGAGCUUGAUGAGAAAAAGAGAAAAAUGCUGAAACUAGUUGAGGAAGAUGCGGAUUCCUUCGCCAAACGUGCAGAAAUGUACUACAAGAGAAGACCAGAACUCAUUAACAUGGUUGAAGAUCUUUAUCGAGCCCAUCGCUCACUAGCUGAUCGAUAUAAUCAGGUCAAGUCUGAAUCUACAACCCACGUUGUAACAACACCAUGCUACUCAGAGACUUAUGGACCUGAGGAAUCGGAUGACUCCGAGUUUGACGAUCGAGAUGAAGUUGAAACAGUACAAGAUAAUGACGUAACUGAAACAGAAGAACUGAUGAAGCUGAAAGAAGAAUUGAAGAGACUCGGAGAAGAGAAUGAGGUUCUCAAGGAGCAGCUACUGCAAAAGGAUGACGAGAAACGGGAAGACAUUAGACAACUGAGUUUAGCCAUGGAUUUGCUGAGGGAGGAAAAUAUCGAGCUGAGGAAGAAUUGUAAUGCUUUAAACACGCCAAAGAAAGAAAAGCCCCAUUCAACAAGUCGAAUGACGGUUUCUUGGGGAGGUUGUUCAAUGGAUUUCUACCAUCACAGACUAAUCUAUCUGCUUUUUAGAGUCUAG